ACAUUGGGUCACCGUAGAGGGGUUUUUACAGGCUACCACAGGGUCAGCCAAGAGGCCACUUUUGCUGCUGUUCUCUUCUGAACAUGGGGUGGCAACGUCCACCUUCAGGUGCUCUGGUCUGAUCUGCUAAUAUCAAAACAAGGCAGCCCACGUGGUCUUUAAUAGCAGCUGCCCGGCCUCUUGUUCGGUUGUACGUGUGCUUUCAACUCAAACUUCCCACAUCUCCGACAGUGCGUGAAGGCGACAUUCAGUUGGAUGUGCAGCAUCUAACUCUCAAACCCACUUGUGUUUGGUAACAGUGACAUGUCGAAGCUGUUGUAAUCCUCCGUACCUCCUCUCCCUCGCUGCUCCACCUACCCAACAGACUGCUGCUCCGCUUCCCUCUCUCUCUGUCCCUCCAGAGCAGAAAUGCCGCCGAGCUUGCUCUGACUUGUCCUCCCUACUGGAAGUGUUUUCCUGCUGCUCGGAACUUUAUUUGGGUGCCGUGCUCACGCUGUGAUAUGGCCAUUUCUGUUUCUCUCCAGUGUCUGGGGCUCAUCAUACUCGCAGCAGUCCUCCUCCAGACCAUCGCGGUUGCCGUCAGUUUCAUGUACUUCAACAAAGUCCUGAACUCGAUGCAGGAGAGCUUCUCCCAGAGUAGCGUUUCCUGUCUGAUUCACGCAAACCUGCGCUCUGACGCCAAAGAUGUAGCCGAGGACAAGAAGAGCGACCCCUGCUGGCAGGUCACGCAGCAGCUCCACUACCACAUAGAGAAGACUAUGGCUGACAGACUCCAGAGAGAGCUAUCCACUGCUGUGAGAGAUAAGAUGACAGGAGGGCCGCCUAUCUCGAACCCUGGGGUCCGAGGGGUCCCUCUUCCUGAAGUCGCUGCUCACGUGACUGGUGUCAGCUCAUCCACAGAGCCUCCGACAGCAGAUGGCCCACGGAGCAGCAGGGGGUAUCUGGGGGAGCGAAUCAGAGUGUGGGAGAGCCAGAGAGGCCUGUCCUUCCUGCAGAACAUGGAGCUGAGGGGAGGAGAGCUGCUGGUGCCCCGAGCAGGUCUCUACUACAUCUACGCCCAGACCUACUUCAGACUGCCCUCCACGGGGGAGACAGACGGGGAGGCAGGGGAGGCAAAGGAGGAAGAGGGAGCGCAGCUGGUGCAGUAUAUCUACAAGAAGAUGAGUUCCUACACGGUACCCAUCCUGCUUAUGAAAUCAUCCCGGAGUGCCUGCUGGCCUCGGGGUCAGGAGCCUGGUCUCUUCUCCCUGCAUCAGGCCGGUACUGCUUUUCUACAACCUGCUGACCGCCUCUUCAUCACCGUUAGCAAUGCCAGUGUGAUGGAGAUGGACGGGAGGGCGAGCUAUUUUGGGGCUUUCCUUGUGGGCUAAAGACGGGGAACCUCUGAAGUGUCUGACUCUGGGAGGACUUGACGUAUCCAUUAAAGUUAACCCAAAUGUCAGGGGUUUGCUUGGGCAGCUGGCUGAGGUUACAGCAGUGGGGAAGAAGAGUGGACUGUGAGGAGUGCACAAGGAUUUCUUCAAAACCAUUGAGCUGUAAGGAUAUGAUGGAACUGAGCUGCAGUGGAAGAUUGUCAGUGGCUCAAAAUGGCAUGGAAGAAGAGCCGAUUGCUGUGUAUUUACUCCAGCAGUCGCAGUUAAACCUCACACCAGUUAUUAACUCUGUUUUUAAGGCUGGUAAACAGAAUGUGCUGUAGGACAGAUUACAUGGUGCAUUCAGAGUACAGGGUAUUUGGAGCAGUAAACCCACAGUAGCUGCAGUUUAAAUAUUGUGCUCUCAUGUCUGAAUGACUUCCAUUGAGAACAGAAUGAGCUGUUUUCCCUGCAGGUCAAACAGUCAAGAUUCCAAUUGUCAUGACCAGGAAAUGACAGUGCUGCCGGACACAUGACACUUGUCUUUUAUCAAGAAAGACGCUAGACUAUAGCCAAAGACAAGACUUUAGAUGUUCAGUCGGGUGAAUGAUGUUUACAGUGCUUAUGGCUGAACUUCCUCUUUGUGCAAUGUGUGGCGUGACACAGAUCACGAUGUCCUGCGGCCUUAAAGAAACGCACUGAAGUGAGUGGUCUGAAUAUUAAACUUGUUUUAACGAUUUGAUAUUAAAAUUGGUAAAGACAUUCUUGACUCG